AUGCCAUCUGCAAAUAACAUCGCAUUUACUGCCCCUAUAAACCCUCCUGGGGUAACUCCGGUCAUCAAGCGAGAGCAAAUGUGGGCUGGUCUCUUGCUUAAAGCUCGCUCCGCAGAAACCUUCAUACCAGACGCUAUCGAAUCCACCGCUGUCAUAUCCGAAACCACAGACCCUUCCACGGAAAACACCGUCAUUGUUCGCGAGGUUGUAUUCCGUGGAUCUCCCCAAAAAGUGAAGGAAACUGUUACUGCAUACGCGGAUGCCAGGGUCGAUUUUGAGCAGCCUAGUGGGACCUAUAUCGGGAAUAUUAUUAGCGACGGUGCGGACGGGGAAUUAUACCUGACAUAUGUUUUCGAGCUCAAACACCCUGGAGUGUCAGAGGAAGAGAUGCGAGCACUUUACGCUAAGGAAAGGGCUAUGUCUGGUAAAGCAGUCCAAGGGACGAUUGAUGUCGUGAGAGAGUUACUUAAGGAGGGAAAGCUGUGA